AUGGUGGCUCCUGAUACCACACCAUCGGAAGUGGACCUGGUGGCUCGAGAAUCGAACGUUCAAAGAGACAAAACCUUUCAGGAUGCAGGUCUUUCCUUGGAGCGUUUCCCUCAGUCUUCUGGUGAGGCAGAUUUGGUUGAUAAGCUCUUGGCUGAUGAAAUUGAAAAGCUGUCUUUAGAAGAGAAGGAGCGAAAUACUUUUGAUUUAUAUGGAAUGGCCCAAGAAACCAAGGACCCUGAGAACAUUGAUGAGCUGCUAGAGCAAAUGGAGCUGGAAAUUCGAAAGAUAAAUCGCCGGGAGGCCUAUGAAAAAGCCAAGUAUUUGAAUGAAGAAUAUGUGAUGGGAAAGGAUUUCCGGCAUAUAUUUCUUUGCUGUGAUGGGUUUGAUGUCAAGUCUGCGGCUCACCGAAUUGUGCAGCAUUUUGAGGUCAAACGGGAGCUGUUUGGUGAUGCACCUCCAUUGGCCAGAAAUCUGCUCAUGAGUGAUCUCAGUGAAGAUGACAUGAACGUUCUCAACUCAGGAGCCUGGCAGAUCUUGCCUGAGCGUGAUGCUGCUGGCCGUCUGGUCUUGGUGAUAUGCCCUGGCUACAGGGACAACUCUGUAGCAAUGGAUUCUCAUCUACGUAGCCAAGCGUAUUUUGUGUUGAGCUUUCUCCUAACUGAGGAUGUACAACGGAAGGGCAUUGUUGUGGUAGUCUGCCUUUUUGGAGAAUCCCUGGUCAAACUACAACACACAAUUUUUCUCCAAUUUGAUCGAAUGAAAAAAAUCAGGUCAGGGGGGGUGCACAAGGUGGCUGGUGUCCAUUUCCUGUUGAGCCAAGAAUACCUUCGUCCUUUGGUUUUUGGCAUGCAAUGGUUACUUCCGGAGCACUUGAGAACCAAAGUACGUGUCCAUUUUGGGAACUUUGAACAGCUCAAAUUCAAAUUGCAGACCUUUGGAAUCCCAAUGGAUUGCUUCCCAUGCCAUCCCAACAAACCCAUUAAUCUGGAGAAUCAUCUUCAAUGGAUUCAAAGCCAACGAAAGCAGGAAGAAAGGGGCAACAGUAAUACAGCUGAUACCAUAGUCCCUGGUCGAUUUGAUGUCCUCUUUGGACGAGGAAAUACAAGGAAUCACACGGGCAACGUGAGAGCUGCACACAUUGCUGACAUGUUUCGAGACAAAUAUGAGUCGGUUGGGAAGUUUGAAAAGACAGCAAUUGCUGAACGCAUUGUCACAAUUAUACAAGAAUCGCAGGGGCGUUUUUUGAAAUGGGAAGAUGAUGUAUGGGUAGAAGUGGACCAACAAGCUGCAAGGAACAAGAUUUCCCACUUUUAUCGAAACACACGCAACAAAGGAGGCCCCAGCCAGAGCAAGCAAUCCACAUCUGAUGGGUCAGCCAUUGAUGAUGGCUCUGCCACCAACUCAGAGGGAGAAUUGUUGGCUUCAGCUGUGUCCAAGCGAACACAAUCACAUUCAACACAACAAUCGACAAAGCGAAUUCAGAAAAGGCGCCCACGGGAUGACUAA